AUGACUGAAACAUCGCUUUCAAUUCCAAAUAAUGUACUCGAUCUUCGAGAUAACGAUUUUUUUAAUUUCAUCGAUCAAUUUUGUGGUCAAGAUGUCGUCGAAUAUUUUAAACUUCUUGGCGUUCGUUCUGUUAAUUCGCUCCUUGGAAUUGAUGAUAUUUUUUUACCAUUACAAGAAGACUAUCUCGAAUUAGUUGAUAUGAAGAAAAAAUUAACAUUUCGUCGUUCCGAUGGCAGCUAUGUAAUCAAGAUUGGAAUUCAGCAUGACAUUAAUAAAUUAAUGAACAGUCUUCGAAAUGUAUUAAUUAACAAAGGACAAAUAACAAGUGGUCUUGACAAUGAAAAUGAAUUAAUUUUGAUACGAGAAGUUCUUCGACAAUAUCCGUUUCUUAAACGUCUAAUUGAUUUCUACACCACGUUAUCACAAAACCCUGAUUCGACUAAUGAUAUUUUUCUUCAUCAUUUCCUCGACAAUCUUUUUUCAAAUUUACCUACAGCCAAAAAUCGGCAUCGUUAUCAAGAAAAUAUACUUGAUUUUGCACUUUGCAUGUUUAUUUUUGCAGGACGCAAUGCUUAUGAAUUUUUACGCCUUAAUAUGCCUGGUGCAUUGCCUACUUUGACAACCAUUCAAGCAAAAUUAGCAAAAGAAGGACUUCGUGCAUUAGAAGGUGAAUUUCGUUACAAUGAUGUGAUUAAAUAUAUGUCUACAAUUGAUUUAAAAUUUGCAUUUUGUGCUGAAGAUUGUACUACUGUACAACGAAAAGUUGUUUAUGAUACUCGAUCGAACUCGUUUGUGGGUUUUACGCCGCCACUCGACGAAAAUGGUAUGCCACAAAUGAACCAUUUCCAGACAAACUCUAUCGAGGAUUUAAAAUGUUGGUUUGAACAGGAAGAUAUUUCUAAUUUGCUCAACCUUUACAUGAUUCAACCAAUACAUAAUAACAAUCAAAAAAUUUCUCCUUAUGCACUUUCUGCAUAUGGAACAAAUGGGAAGUACACUUCGUUUGAUAUUAUUCGCCGUUGGUUUACAAUUUUUGAAGAAAGCUCAAAACAAGGUGUCCGAAUCUUAGGUUAUUCAACGGAUGCCGAUCCCCGAUAUUUAUUGGCUAUGAGAUUAGUCUCCGGCUUUUUUACCAUCUUAUUGAAUAGUCCAACAACACAACACUCUUUAUUAUUAACAGUUGAUAUACCGAAGUCUUGGUCAUGGUAUUUUUUACCGGCUCAACAACUAUUCUUGUGUAUGCAAGAUUCGAUUCAUAUUUGUACGAAGCUUCGGAAUCGGCUUCUAUCAACGACAGCUGUUAUGAUGAUGGGAGAUGGCUUAGUUACUAUUGAUUAUUUGUUACGACUCAUCGAAUCACAAUCAAAAUUCAAUCAUAACUUGGUUAAAUCAGAUGUUUGUCCACGUGACAAACAAAAUUUUAGAUCAUGCGAAAAAUUAUGUGGUGCAAUAGAAUGUUUACAAGAAAUCAAUGGUUCACAUGCAACAGUCGUAUAUCUUAGUAUUAUUCGUUGUGUUAUUAGAGCGUUCAUUGAUUCAUCAUCACCAACAUCGGAUCGAAUUUAUUAUGCUUGGCUAGCAGUCUUCAUAUGUCGUUUAUGGAGAACAUGGCUUGAUUUAGUACCAAAACAAGAUUUAGAUAAUCGUAUAUCACAAAUGGCUAAUCUUUCUGAUAUUGCCAAAGAUAAAUUCAAACAAAAAGCCACUAAAAAAAUUUUCUUUAUCACAUCAUCAACAUUUUUAUGUCUUGAACUUAAUGCACAUCAUCUCACUUAUCUUACAUUACUAGUUGCUGAGAGACAGCUACCACCUGAAACAUUGAAAAUAUCACUAUUCAGUUCUCAAACAUGUGAAAAUUUUUUCCGAUUGGCACGAUCAAUGUCUGGAACAUUUUCUACGUCUGUAAAUUUUUCUGUUCAACAAUUUCUGAAUCGUCAAGAAAAGAUUUCAAUUUUAAAUUCUAUUAAAACGCAAUCGAAUUCAUCAUUUCCAUCUACAAAAUUCGUGUUUCCCAAUCACCAUAAAACACAACAAGAUCAUAAACAUUCAAUUAUACAACCUGAAAAAAUGACAAAACAACAAAUACAAGAACAAGUUGAUCGUGCUUUUAAAGAUGCAUUUACUCUUUUACUUCCUUUAGGUGCCAAAGAAGUGUUGAAACAAGCAAAUAUUGUUACUAUGAAUCAAGUAAGUCAACAUAUACGCAAUGAUUUAAAUAAAUCGAAAAAAAAAGAAAAUUUUUCUGUACCAAUUACAAUUGAUGAAUGCAGUAAUCAAUCUGAUUCAGAUUCUGAAGAAAGUAUUACACAAGAAGAUGAAGAACUUCAACAAAAUGAAUUAUAUUCAUGGGAUGACGAUGCCAACAUCGAAAAUGAAAUCGAAGAUGACAGUGGCAUUAACACAUUAUCACAUACUAUUAACACUCGUUUACAAUCUAUGAAAGGUGUGCGUGACACUAUCAAUCCUGACUUAAAAGAUUCAUACUUCUUAGUCAACAUUGAUGGACAAAGAAAAUAUCUUCAUAAGAACACUGCUAUUUGGUAUUUGACUGAUGAAAAACAUAAAUUGUCAUCGGAUCGUUUAAAUCGUGUUAUGGAAAACUAG